AUGUUGCGUUUUCUCCGAAGUCACAUACAUCCUGCUGGGGAUUUCAGGAACGCCGAUGUCCACGACUUUUUUGAGUAUAAUCCUGUUAGUGAUGUCUCAUUAGUUACUCAUUUCCUUCUGUCAGUUGUCUCUUACAGGAGUUUGCGGCAUGGAUUCCCGCAGUUGGUGUCAUCAUUGGCGUACGAUUACAUACUGGGUCUUAUGGCGGUAGGUACCAGUGAUGGACAAGUUCGAAUAUUCGGAGCAGAAAACGUGGAAUGGAGUUCAACGACACCUCGAAAUACCGCCAUUGCUCAUAUGUACUUUGCUGCAGGCCUGGGCACUCUUAUUGUUCUUUGCUCGGAUCAGUCUUUUCAUAAAUUUCAAGUUGCUGGUGACAUAAUUGAGCGUACCACUGUUACUACUGAAGACAGGUUGAAACGAAUAACGUGCUGUGAAAUGCAAAAUGUGCAAAACCCAGCGAAUGCCCGUCUGUUCAUUGGUACUAUCACGGGUAACAUAUUUGGAUUGUGCGCUGCUUCGCUCGAGUUUUCCGAAGUAUUACUUUUUGAGGAGACAAUUGUGAAAAGCAUCAACCCUUCAAAAGACGUUGGAAGAUCCGCUAAUCAGCUUAUGGUGAAUCCGAUUGAUGCUAAUCAAGUUCUUAUUGCAUUCAAUAAUCAUAUCAUUGUUCAUUACAAUUUGCUGAGCAGUGAAGUGUUACACCAUUGGACUGUUCAGCAAGCAAUUACUAGUUUAGCAUGGCAUGUUGAUGGAGAAUAUUUCAUUUGUUCUCACAGUGAUGGGUCAUUAGGCACAUGGAAGAUUCAGUGUAUGGAACCUGCGGAAGCAUCCGUCAUACCAUUCGGUCCAUUUCCAUGUACUUCUAUUAACAAAAUACGAUGGAUAUGUGCAUCCAGCCACCCGUCACCGCUCAAGUUAUACACCGGCGGAAUGCCACGUGCUUCUUAUGGUGAUCACUACACAUUAACAGCAAUGAGAGAAGGAAAAAAGGUGGUAUUCGAUUUUAGCAGCGCUGUUGUUGACUUUGUUGUUGUGCCUUCACUACAAAAUCAGAAAGAUGCGGAUUACAAAAAUUGCUUGGCACUGAUGGUACUUUGUGAGCAGGAACUCGUGUGUAUCGAUUUGACCGAUGGAAGCUGGCCACUUCUUAAUUUGCCGUAUUUGCAGUCGAUUCAUUCAUCCCAGAUUACAUGUGUUAUGCACUACUCCAAUAUUGAAGAGCAUGUAUGGAAGGGAGUGAUUAAGGCCAGCGAAACCCAAAAUAAAUUGUCAUCGAAGUGUAAGUGGCCUGUUCAUGCUGGCGGCGAUGCUCAGACACCUGCUCCCUGCGCUUCUACGAACGCAGAAAAACGGCAACUUUUAAUUACAGGACACGAAGACGGUACUGUGAAAUUCUGGUCAACUGGUUCUAUCAGUUUGCGUUAUUUAUUGAAAAUUAAUACAGCUAAAGAAUUUGAAGGCUGCUUUUCAGUAGACAGUGGCACAGAUAGAACAGAAUAUGAGUCUGAAAGUAGUUCAAUUGAAAUUUCCAAUAACGGAACGUCCGAUGAAGAUUCCAGUGAAAUUACUGAUUGGCCUCCUUUUCGCAAGGUUGGAACAUACGAUCCAUUUUGUGAUGAUCCACGUUUAGCCAUACAGAGAGUCUAUUUUGAUGUGAGCAGCGGACGGUUGGUAAUAGGUGGUCGUGCCGGUCAUGUUAUCGUAUAUGAUUUGGAUGAUGAACCAUCGGCAGCAUUGACCGUAAUGCGAACAGAAUAUGAGGUUGCAGAAAAGUCGAAGUUGCCAGCGAACAUCAACCAGCAAGCUUUGCCUCCUAGAGGAGCUCCACUGGCAUACCCAGUUGGAUAUCAACCCUUCAAAACUGAUCAGAAUCGAAGCUAUCUUAUUCAGUUACGUCCACCAGUUGCAAUAACAGCAGUAGCAUCUUUCCGGUCACGCAAUCUUUUAGCAUUUGGAUGCGAGUACGGCUUUGUGAUGUGUGAUUUGAAAACUCAAGCAACGCUUAUAUCCAGAUGCCUGAUUACUUUAAAAGAGUUAACAGACGCAAGUACAUUAUCAAGGUUUAAAAGCAUGAAAAAGUCGAUCCGUCAGUCUUUUCGUCGCAAAAAAAAAGUUCCACAAGGUGGAACUCAUUUCAUUGAACCAGCAUGCGCAGUAACUAAUGAUGACCUCGAUCAAGUGAGGCCCGUUGAACGUCAAAUUAUUUCUCGAACCGAGGCACCUAUCAACGUUGGUGAUCCUGCCGUUUCUGCGGUCCGAGUACUUAGGUUCUUCCAUACAAACAUUCUUUCUACCGCUUUCUGCACCGAUAGCCUUUGGAUUGGAACAAAUGGUGGAGUGAUAUUUGCUUAUGCAAUAUCAGAUGAUGCACUAAAACCAGAAGAUGUUUGUGUUCUCGUGAAGGAAGUGCAAUUGCAACAUCGAGCUCCAGUUAUUGAUUUCACCUGUGCAGCUGUUGAUGGGUCUCAACUUAUAAAGGGUUUGAUAGGUACAGAAAGGCUGAUCAUUUAUACCGAAGAGCAAAUUAAAACGUUCGCGCUUCCAACAAUGAAACCAACCAGAUUUCGAUAUAAAUUUACUGGUGUGGAAGGCUCACGAAUUAGAAAGGCACAGCUUCUUACAUUACGAUCAUCUACAAAUCGAAAAUUGUAUGAAAAAUUCAUUGUUAUCAUCACCAAUCAAGGCGAACUGUUUUUGUUUUCUGCGCUAACUAUUAAACAGUAUUUGAAAAUUAACUUCACAAAGGCUUCUGACGUUGAGGGAAUCGCUUCAGCUGUUUUAUCUGAAAAUGGUGAAAUAUUUUUUCUACGUCCAGGAGCUAGUGAAUUUCAACGCGCUUCUCUUGCAGCUUUGCAGCACAAUAAUUUGAUUUCGCCUCUUAAGGAUAGCGGUUUUCCAAAACUUAAUUAUUAG